UCUGACACGAUUAACAUUCUUAAAUUCAAGAACAUUAAAAACGUUGAGUUAAGAAAAACUUCCUUGAAUAUUAUGGAUUUUGGUGGCCUUUUUAAUGUGUCUUUUCUACAAGAUUUGAUGGUCACUGCGUAAGCAGCAGACAUGAGGAAAAUGCUGCCAGGUUUUGGUGUCGUGGGAACUCCAAAUUCGGUCAGGGCGUAUGUCCCACUUUUGAGAUCAUACGGUUUUAAAGUUGUAGCUCUUUGGGGCAGAACUAAAGAAGAUGCUGCAAAAGUUGCAGCGGAACUCAACAUUCCUUUUCAUUCCAGCAAUGUUGAUGAGGUCUUGCUAAACAAAGAUGUUGAUAUUGUUGCAGUGACGUGUGCUCCACAUAUGCAAGCUCCCAUUGCAGUCAAAGCCCUUGGUAUAGGUAAACAUGUUAUCUGUGGUGCGCCAGCAGGGCCAAACCAAGUGGACUCCCUCCGCAUGGUCAAUGCAGCCAGAUACUACCCACGACUGAUGUCCCUGACAAUCUACGGACUGCGAUUCCUGCCUGCUAUUGACAAAAUGAGGCAGCUGAUUGUGGAUGGCUAUGUAGGAGACAUAAGUAUUUGUGAGGUCAAAGUUCACUUUGAAAAAAUUAAAAGAGAUCAAUUUGAUUGGAUGUGUGAUGGCACCAUGGGAGGCGGUCUUUUGAAUGAGAUUGGCAGCGAUAUCAUAGAUGUGAUUGGUUAUCUAACAGGACAGAAGGCAACAAAAGCACAUGGCUUGCUGAAAACAUACACAAAGCAGACUGAGAAAAUAAAAGGAAUUCGAGAGAUAACAAGUGAUGAUUUUUGUACUUUCCAAAUAGAACUUGACCAGGGGUCCUGUGUAACUGCAACAAUCAAUGGUCAUAUUGCAGGGCCAUUUCAACAAGAGAUAAUGGUUAUUGGGAAUAAAGGCAGACUGACUGUCAAAGGAGCUGAUCUGUAUGGGCAAAAAAAUGACCAAUCAAAAGAAGAGUUGUUGCACUUUGACCCUAUAAACUUUAAAGAGGAGGAGCGACAUGGAGUGUCUGAAAAAACACGCACUUUUAUUCCUACUCCCUACCUAAAGGGAAUUAUAAAGUUCAUCGAAGCCGUAAAAGAUGCAUUUGACAAAGAAGAAGAAAGACAGAGCUACUGCACCGACCCAGUAAGACCUGCAGCGUCAUUCGAAGAUGCUCUCUAUGUGCAGUCUGUGGUUGAAGCCAUCCGCAAGUCCAGUAAAACCAAACAGUGGAUCAAGGUGGAAGUUUUACAGGAAGAGCCUGAUCCCAACAACUUUAUGUCACCUUCUCUCCGACGUAGCGCUUACACAGUUCAAUGAGCAACUUAUGGAAACUACGCAAAAUACUGAAAAAUGUUUACACAGUUCAAUGAGCAACUUAUGGAAACUACGCAAAAUACUGAAAAAUUAGCUCAGGUUUAAAAAGUAAUUUUUUUAACAAGAGUUCAGAUGUUAGCGUAAUUUGUCUUUUUGUUCCCUACUUAUUACUGUCAAAAUGGCUAUAAUUUCUCUCGUCUGACCAAAAUGGAAGGAGGGAUAGUUGAUGCCCUCAUCUUCCUUCACCCUGCAUUCCAUAUGCAUGUGUUUAAAAAGUAUUUCUCCUCUUUUUACCAAUUUCUAAUGGGGAAACAAACUUAAGGAUUACAUGAUAUUAAAUUUCAUUAGAUUUGACCCAUCAUUGAUUUUUAUUUCAAUAGAGUGUUUUUUCCAAAGCAGUAUUUUGACUUUUUUGGUUUGUUUUGUUUGUAUUAAUUUACUGAACACUUGUCAAUCAUAUUUACACACAUUAACUGUAUUACUGUUUUAUUCCUCUUCACUGUUACAGUAGUCCAUGUAUGUUUAGUCUAGUCAAAAUCUGUGAUAGUACAUGUAUCAAUUGUGUUACUCGGUUUGUGUACCCAUUAUUGUAUAAGUCUUUAUUUAUUUACCGUCCCGGCCAACACAGAGCUUGAUCACAACAUAGCUACCAAAAUAAACAUGAUGCCUGGUUAUUCAUUUUUGUUUAUAAACUGUCUGAAAUUGUAGCUUUGAUUUUGAAGUCAUAGAUAGUAGUUAUAUGUUAAUCUGUGAAUAGAAUUGAACAAAAAAUUUCUGUAUUUUUUUUAAAUGAUUGAUAUUUAGUAAAUGGUUAUUCACCAGUCUUUUUUAUCCAAAACCUGGUAAUUCAAGAAAAAAGUAAAAAUUCUAAACUUUUUAAUCUUCACAAUCGUAAAUUCUACUUUGUGGUUGCACGUAAUUUGGGAUUUAAAUCAAAAAACAUGUAAAAUCAGCUAAGAGUCAAAUUAGGAAUCCAAGGGGCUUUUACAAUUUUUACCUUUCCAAAAAUUUUUUCAAAACUUAUUUUUUCAUUAACUAUUGUGAAAUUUAAAUAUUCUAAAACGGUGAAAGUACCGGUAUUUUGAUUAUCGGAUUCUUUUAUCCACAUUAAUAUUGAUAGGUGUACCAUACCACGGUUUGUACCACCUUAUUUUACACUAGAAAAACUGGUGACUCUUUGACAACGGGAAUGCAUACAAACAUGCACACACAGUGUUGGGUUUUUUUUUCAUGUAAGAGCAAAAUAAAUGUGGUUUUUAGAAAUUUUGUGCUCACACAAAUUUGUGUGCAUGAUAUUUUUGAUGUAUUUAUGUGUAAUAAUAUACAGCUUUACCAAGCACUGCCAAUAAUCAUAUGUACCUCACCAAAUGUUACAACUCAAAGUAGACCAUUUACAAGUGUAUUGUCAUGUUCCCUACAAUAUGAUAUUCUCCAUGUUUCUCUCAAAUCAGAAUCAUUUAUUGACACCCAUAUAUACCUUUACAAUCUCUGUACAUUCUUUUGAUAAAUGUGAUAUAUCCAUUUCUUUGCCAAGGCAAUACCGAAAUUUUAAUUGUUGUACAUACAAAUAUGUCAUUGAGACAUUAUCAUGAAUAAAUGGCUAUUUUUUCUCUGCAGGAUGCAAUCUGUGUACAUUGUACAAUCAUAUCCUAUUUAAAAAUCUACUCAAAUCAGAGGCAACAAGGAUAAUUUAAUGGCUUUGUAGAUCUGAAUUUUAUUGCCGAUAGUUUGUGAAUGGCAUAUAUUAAAAAUAUGCCAUGUUUGUGUUUUCCGUUCUUUUUAUUUCACCGUUUUCAGCAGUUUGAGUCUCAAAGUACCUGGAUAAAAAAGUGUAAUGCCUACAAUAUUAUACAAAAGAAUUUUAUGUAUGAACUUGGAAUAAUCUUAACAAUUACAUAUGGACAAUUGAUACUAAAUUUACACCAAUGACACAAAAAUAUGCAAAACAUCUUGAACUUCUCAAAAUAGACACAAAAACCUCUGUCAGCUAACUUCGGAAACCCACAGUAGCUGCCAUAUUGAAUUGUCAGUUAAUUUUACUGAAAUAUAUAUUGUAGGUUGCACAGCAUGUAUACACAUACCAGCAUGUAAAUAUCAUGUAUCGUUCACAUUAUUUUAGAUAUUUUACAAAACUUUGCUAUUUAUUUAUUCAAGAUCUAAAAUGUAGUUAAUUGUAUGAUUAAAAUGAAGAAAUAUACACAUUAUAUCUGUAAGUCUUAUUCAACUUUACCAGUAGAUCCAAUCGAAUAUUUUGUUCAAAUUAAUAUACAUCCCAAAAUUGUUGCAUUAAAUUUAAAUUUUUCAAAUAUGAGGAAUUUUUAAUUUUGUAUAACUUUUAAAGGUUCAGUAUUUGUACAUUUUAAGAAUCUCUUUCCUGACACUGGAAUUUUUUCAUUUACUUUGUAGCAUAAAUUUCUUGUUUCAUAACUGUAUCUCAUAGUUUUAUUCGGAUUUCCUGUUUAUGUUGUCAGGCCAGAAAUGAAAAUAAAUUAAUUUAUCUUCUUUGAUGUUUUUUAAUUUCC